AUGAAGGGUGUGCAACGAUUUGGUAGAUGGGGAAAGCUUGCCCCGAGUUAUAUUGUCCCUUUUCAGAUUAUUGAGCGUAUUGGAGUUGUUUCUUAUAGACUAGAUCUUCCAGCAUCGAUGUCUAGUGUGCACGACGUAUUUCACGUUUCUAUGAUCAAGAAGUACUUGCAUGAUGAGGAGAGACAGCGAGCAUUGUAUGCCCUAGAGGUUGAACUUCAGGAUGAUUUGACUACGAUCGAGAUCCUAGUUUGUAUACUUUCCAGAGAAGACAAGAAACUUAGACAUAAGGUGAUUCCUUUGGUGAAAGUCCAAUGGAACAGGAAAGGAUCUGAGGAGAUUUCUUGGGAGCACGAGGAGGAUAUGUGUCGUGACUAUCCACACCUGUUUGAACAGCCCCGUCCAACUGUCAACCAACCCCAAACAAAAAACCCCCAUUGCCAAAAACCACACCGCCUUAAAAUUUCCGGCGAGAUCCAAACCCCGAAAAUCUCCGCCGCUGCCGCCGCCGCCGCGCCAAUGGCCACCUCGACCAACUCCCCCUCUUCUUCCUCCUCCUCCUCAACCCCACCGCAAACCCAAUCAUGGUGGGAGUCAAUCUCGCUGCUCGCUCGCAUCCUCUCCUCUCCGUCGUCACUCGCUGGAUUUGAAUCCGUUAUCUUAACGAUCUAUCAGUCCGAGACUCGAUUGAGGGGCGGGAAACCCUUGCUGAUCUCGAUCCCGGAUCUGUCUCAACCCUCGCUGUACCAUACUCCGAGGCCGGGUUCGCGAAAUCGACGGCAGGCGGUGGCGCAGGAGAGGCAGGCGAAGGUUGGUGUUUUGUCCCCGCCUCUUGAACCCCAGAUGGCGGUGAAAUCGACGAAGCGGGCUUGUAUUGUGGCGGUGGGUUGGGUUGUUUUUAUAGGAAAGAUUUCGGCGAUGCCCGUUAGGUCAAAAAUUGAUUUUUGCGAGUUUGUGGUGGGGUGGGCUGGGCAGGAUUGCUGUUGUAGGUAUGAGCUUGAUGAUGAUGAGUCGAGUUUGUCGAAUUUUAAUGAGGAUGGGGAGAUUGGGAGUUUUAGUGAAGAGAUGGGUAGAUUGGGGAUUAAUGAACGGUCAAACUCGAAUGGGAGUUGUAAUGGUAAUGGGAAUGUGAGGGGUUCUGGGGAUUUUAGGUCUUGUAGGAUUCCACUGCCUUGGGAGUUGAUGCAGCCAGUGUUGAGAAUUUUAGGGCAUUGUCUUUUGGCGCCGAUGAAAGCACAGGAGGUUAGGGAUGCAGCUUCGGUCGCCAUUAGGAGCGUUUAUGCACGUGCAUCGCAUGAGUUGAUGCCGCAGGCGAUUUUAGCGUCGAGGAGUUUGAUACAAUUGGAUAAGAGUACGAGGAAGGCGGCAAGGGAUGCAUCAGGAAUGGCGGUGAUUGGGGGAAUGGCUUCGAAUCCAACUACGCCGAGUAAGCCUAAGAAGCCGGAGGUGCUUUUGGUCUCGAAAUAAUUGGUGAGUUGUUAUAUUUGUUGAACUACAAUUCAAUGGAAUAUGAUGCAUUUUACUGUAUGUGCUUAUGAUAGUUGUAUGAUUGGUGUAUGUUUCUAUGGUGGACUAAAUGCGCAGAAGGUGAGUGUAAGUGAUGUUAUAUUUUACGUGCUGAUUAUAUUACUUGUGCUUGAUGAUUGUAGUUCCUUGUUCAUUUGCAGUUUCAAAAUAUUAUUGUGAGAACUUCCCUCC